ACAUAACAAUGAUAUUACUGAUACAAUGAUGAUUUGUCGUCAAACAAAACACUGAAAACAGCUGAAGUUGCAGCUGUCUUGACGAGAAAGACUUUUUACAAUCUUGUCGGUGGCCAUACUGCGCGAACGUCGUGUUUCUUAUCACAACCCUCACGAGGUCGUUAUCAGUUAUCACGCAUUAUCCGUUGACAACAAAAAUAUUUACGUCACGAGCUGCAUGAAUGCUCACGACUACACGAGUGAUUUUGAUUUUGGUGUGCAAUCGGUCACGACUUGCGGGCGCCGGACUGCGCGAGUGCGACCGCGGUCUCUCGGUCUUUGGAUAUAAGGAUUUUACGGUCACGGCUAUUAUAAUUGUUUUAUUAUACCCGUUCAGUUAUACCACAGAAGUACAGAACGCAGAUUAUACUUUGUUCAGCACGUGGUCUUCGCCCUUUGGUGAUCACUGCCCACUGGUCACUGCUGCUAAGUGGAUGUGAUUUUUGUACUUCUGUGUUCACUGUUCACACUUCGUUGCGAUUAACAUGGGCAAGCGAAAGUUGAUGUCGCCUUUGUCGUCGAGCGCUCAACCAGUCGUCAAGUACAAACGUACUUGUGAGCAACCUCCGUCCGCCAACGGUGCGAAAACACUUACAGAAGAAGAGUACUCAAAAUUAAAACUGUAUUUAAAAGAGAAAAAAAAAAUUUUGAGAACUUUCCCGCGAAUAUUACUAAAUGCCCGUGGACAAUUGUCACAGUUAAAUGAUAGUGGUUUCAGUGAAAGUCCAUUAUUACCUUCUGACCUAAAUGAGUUAAUUUUAUAUUCUGUUUAUGGUCCAGGAAAAUAUGUUCCAAAAUGGUCGAGCUUAGAAAUGCAGUGCAACUUAAAUCAAACUUGUGUUUUAAUAAUCGAUGGAUGUGAAGUAAAUACUAAAGAAGAUUUUUCUCAUUUUAAAAGUUCUUUGCCAAUGUUUUCAAAGUAUAAAUUUUUACCACCUAUUGAAGUUGAGCUACCCCCAAGUUGGUGUGCUGAUUAUGAUACCGAUAAUACAACUUCAAUAACCGAUGAUGUAGUCUCAGAAUCUACAUCAACACAAAAAGAAAAUGUUGAGGAUAAAGAAAUUUGCUCACGAACACGUUUGCUGAUGUCUUUAAAUCAAAUGAUGAUUCACAAUUAUCCUUUACCUACCAAUAAACGUCAAUUUACAAUGGAUGGCUUCCGUUUUACAAAAAAUCAUUACUUGCCUGUUACUGAUAACAGUCCCAUGUAUGCAAUUGAUUGUGAAAUGUGUUAUACAUCUAUUGGUAGAAAUGAACUUACUAGAGUUUCCAUUGUUAAUGAAAAAUUAGAGGUAAUAUAUGAGUCUUUGGUGAAACCCACCAAUAAAAUUACUAAUUAUUUAACUAUAUAUUCUGGAAUAACAGCUUCAAAACUUAAGGAUGUCAAAACCACUUUAACAGAUGUACAAGAAGAUAUAAUAAAAAUAUUAUCUCCAGAUUCAAUUUUGAUUGGACAGUCAUUAAAUUGUGACUUGGAUGCAUUGAAGUUAUUCCAUCCAUACAUUAUAGACACUAGUGUUAUUUUCAAUUUGAAUGGAAAUAAAGGGUCUAAAAGUAAAUUAAAACUUUUGGCCAAAAAUUUCUUGGAUAUGAAUAUUCAAUGUGGUAAUCUUGGACAUGAUUCUAUUGAAGACAGUCGUGCUACUAUGUUACUCGUACAACUAAAAUUAUGCAAAUCACUAACAUACGGAGAUGCAUAUUUAAUUGGUCAGAAGAGAUUAGCUGAAUUUGUUAAUAAAAAAAUAAAAAUAAAUGUCAAGCAUAUAGAAACAUUUAAAAAGUUCUUAGCGUUAUUGCAGAGUGUUUCAGAAAGUUCAGCCAAAGGUAAAGUUCAUCUGAAAAAGAACCUAAUGGCUCCAUAUGAUAAUAUAUGGUCAACAUCCAAGUUAAAUAUUGAAGAGCAUUCAACCAACAAAGUUGUAUUAGAAUCUGUAUGUAAAUCAAUGGAAGACACAACUAAUCGGUUUUGCAUGGCACACAUGCAACUAAAAAAUAAAAAUAAUUUAAACCUAGUAAAUCGAUGGUGCGAAAAGUAUUGGGCGGCAAUGUCUUCAUUUGCACUUUGUGCUGUGGUAUUUACUGGCUGUGGUGCUGAAGGCAAAAAUUCGGUUUGCUUAUUGAAUGUCAAGCAGCCACCUUUGAAUCAUUUACAAGAUAAAUUUUGAUAUAAUUAUUAACUAUGUAUUUUAUUUGUUAAAAUAUUUUUAGUUUGAUAUUGUUUCUGUCAUAAACUUUGGGAAAGUAAAGAAUAUACUUUAUA